UCUGUGACCCUGAUCAAGUCUGUUCGCUUCUCUGAGCCUUAGUUUGGGGUCCAUGAGAAAGAGCUGACUGAGGACUCAAACCCGUGGCGAGAACCGGUCUGCUACCCAGUGCUGAGAGGUCAACAGCCAGUGAUGUCCCCACGGACGCAUGCCCACCCUCGGGCUGUUCCCUGAGUCUCCUGCUUACACCCCCCUCCUCAUCCUCUCCACUGCCUGGCCAGGGGGCCACCAUUCGCCCAUUUCACGGAUGAAGAAACCAAGGCCUGGGGCUAGGGCUGGCUUCACAGGCCCAGCUUGGAGCAGAGGAGGCAGCCCGGGGAGGCCUCGGCCUGGCUGACUUCCCGUGACCCAGAGCCUAAGCCGUCCCCACCACCCUGUCUCAGGAGCCCACGGCACAGCCUGCGCUGAGAAACACUGGAAACUGGGCGAGGCCCCAGGCGGGGGGACCUGUUUUUCCUGUUUCCCACAGAGUUCCCUGCAGCCCGGUACAGGCGUGUGCAUUCAUGAGUGAGGAACCUGAGCCGCACCGAGCAUCCUGACAGCGAGAGCAGGGCCUGGUCAGGGUGAUGGCUACAGGCCCCGACCUCUGGAAUGGCACCGUCAACGGCACCUCGGGUGGGGAUGAGUGGGGCUACAGGUGCCGCUUCCACGAGGACUUCAAGUACGUGCUGCUGCCCCUGAGCUACGGCGUGGUGUGCGUGCUGGGGCUGAGUCUGAACGCCGGGGCGCUCUACAUCUUCCUGUGCCGCCUCAAGACCUGGAACGCCUCCACCACGUACAUGUUCCACCUGGCCGUGUCCGACGCGCUGUACGCCGCCUCCCUGCCCCUGCUGGUCUAUUACUACGCGCGCGGCGACCACUGGCCCUUCAGCACGGCGCUCUGCAAGCUGGUGCGCUUCCUCUUCUACACCAACCUGUACUGCAGCAUCCUGUUCCUCACGUGCAUCAGCGUGCACCGCUGCCUGGGCGUCCUGCGGCCGCUGCGCUCGCUGCGCUGGGGCCACGCCCGCUACGCGCGCCGGGUGGCGGCGGCCGUGUGGGGGCUGGUGCUGGCCUGCCAGGCGCCCGCGCUCUACUUCAUCACCACCACUGCCCAGGGCGGCCGCAUCACCUGCCACGACACGUCGGCCCCCGAGCUCUUCAGCCACUUCGUGGCCUACAGCUUGGUCAUGCUGAGCGUGCUCUUCGCGGCGCCCUUCGCCGUCAUCCUGGUCUGCUACGCGCUCAUGGCCCGCCGGCUGCUGCGCCCCGCGUACGGCACCGCCGGAGGCCUGCCGCGCGCCAAGCGCAAGUCGGUGCGCACCAUCGCCGUGGUGCUGGCCGUCUUCGCGCUGUGCUUCCUGCCUUUCCACGUCACCCGCACCCUCUACUACUCCUUCCGCUCGCUGGACCUCAGCUGCCACACCCUCGAUGCCGUGAACAUGGCUUACAAGAUCACCCGGCCGCUGGCCAGUGCCAACAGUUGCCUGGACCCCGUGCUCUACUUCCUGGCUGGGCAGAGGCUCGUGCGCUUUGCCCGGGACGCCAAGCCACCCACAGACGCCACCCCCACCGCCCAGGCCUGUCGCAGGCUGGGCCUGCGCAGGUCCCACGGAACUGACACGAAGAGGACAGAAGACUCGGCCAGCAGCGAGGACUCCAGGCGGACAGAGACCACACCGGCGCGUGGCGAAGACGCCAGGGACAUCCGGCUGUAGGACCCGGACCCCUGGCGCCUGCGCACGCGUGUGGGGGGCGGGGCUGCAGACGUGUUCGCGCCGGACAGUCUCCCUCGGUUUGGCCCAUCAGCGACUCAGGCCAGAUGGUCGGGAGAGCCGGGACCCCCAUGCUCUGUCCCUUGGCCGGGGCCCCGUCUGUCCUCUGUGGUCCAGGGAGCCCCGCAGUCCCCACACCCCUCACCGUUGGUAUGUGUGAGUUGGGGGAUGAGGUUUUAAGAAAGGCAGGGUUCGGCACCAGGGCUGCCCCUGGCCUGACUCCCUCACAGACGCCUGGCUGGGUCUGCCACGGUACCCAGGCUGGAGGCCGGACAGAUUGAGUCCAGUGGAAAGAUGGGUCCAGAGAGGCCAGUGACUUACGGAGAUCACACAGCUGAGCCUGGCCCUGUGCUACGGGGGAGGGGCGAGUGCAGGUUGAGCCAAGGACCCCUGUAAGGAGUCAGGGCUGAGCCAGAGGUUCCACGUUGGGUCAGGUUGGUCUCUGGGUGCCACCGUGGGCUCAGCUCUGAGGAUGUUCCCCGGCCCAGGGGAAGAGCACCUGAGAACAGGUGCCAUAGACCCAUCUGGAGGCUGGGAGCCGGUUUGGGGCUGGGACUCCUACCAGAGGCGUUAUUAUCUGCCGAGCUGGGCGCUGCUGUGUGGUUGGAGGGUGGGGGUACAGCCUGCGAAGCUCUGCCAUCCACACUGGGUCCUUCCUCCAACCUCUUCUCCUCUGCCAUUUGCCUUCCCAUGAGCCGCCUCAGUGGUGGUCUCACGUGAGGAGUAGCCUCUCCAGACCCCAGGUCAUCCUCUACUUUAAAGUUAGCUGGCUGGAAACAAAGCCGACUAGGAUCCAUGAGGAUGAGGGUUCGAUCCCUGGCCCCUCUCAGUGGGUUAAGGAUCUGGCAUUGCUGUGAACUGUAGUGUAGGUUGCAGAUGUGGCUUGGAUCCCGCAUUGCUGUGGCUGUGGUGUAGGCCAGUGGCUGCAGCUCUGAUUUGACCCCUGGCCUGGGAACCUCCGUAUGCCACGGGUGUGGCCCUAAGAAGACAAAAAUAAAAAUAAAAAUAAAGUUGGCUGCCUUUCGUGCCUCACUCUA